AUGUUCAAAUUGGAAUCAGUACCAAUUAUUCCUUUGCUAUUCGCAACUUUGUUGAGCGCCCAUGGCCUGCGUAAGAAGUCUCUUUCGCCUGGAGGUGCUGCUACCGCGUUCAUUGUUGGAUUGUUGAUGAUGGCUGGAGGCGUCAAGGUCUUUGGUGUCUCAUUAAUUGUGUUCUAUCUGACUGGAAGUCGGGCUACCAAACUCGGUAAACAGCGGAAAGCACAACUCGAGGAUGGCUACCAUGAAGCAGGCUACCGCUCAGGCUGGCAAGUUUUGAGCAAUUCAUUUGCUGCCUUCGUCGCCUGCGUGCUAUGGAACAUUCUGUUCUCUCAAGGAAGCCUCCAGACCUCGCUCAUUCUUGUAUUCGGGACGGAAUUUCGCGAUGGCUUGAUCAACAUAUUGGGAUUGGAAUCUCAAGGGCUUCCCGAGUAUGGCGAUGGUGGUUCUUGGUGUCCUGUUGACCAGCAAAUUGCUGGUGGCUGGAGCAGGCUCUUCAUAUUUGCUACGCUGGGGCAUUUUGGUUGCUGCCUUGGUGAUACUCUUGCUUCGGAGUUGGGGAUAUUGUCUCCUUCCAAACCUGUCCUGAUUACGAGUUUAAAACCGGUCCCUCCGGGAACCAAUGGGGGUAUGAGUGUUGGUGGCACGUUAGCUUCUGUUGCCGGUGGACUGAUUAUAGGCACCACUAUGAGCACAUGUCUGAUAUUGGAAAAUUCCAGAUGUAGAGCGGAUUGGAUGUCGCUUCUCCCAACUAUGAUAUUUUGGGGUGCAAUGGCAGGAGGAACGGGUAGUCUGCUUGACUCGUUUCUGGGAGCCACGGUGCAGCAGACGAAGUUCUCAGAAAGUAAAAAGUUGAUUUUACAAGACAAUAGCACGCCCACGGGAUCUCUCAAGGUUAUCAGUGGCAUGAACAUUCUGACGAAUAACCAGGUCAAUGUUGUCUCCAGUAUAUUCACCAGCAUAUGGAUGAGUCUGGUGUAA